AACUAUCCAAUCAUUGGCACGUUUUGACUCCCUCACGCUGUGUACUGAGUAAGGUUCAGUAAAGCACGGUGUUGUUGUUUUUGGACUGCACACAAUGGAGGAUGUCCAAGAUGUAUCCCUUGGUGGUAAAGAUGCAGUAACAGAAGCUAAUCUGAGAGAUGAGUACUAUUGGAAGCUGGUUGCAGACUUCAUUGGUCCUCAAUCAGGAGAAGGGUUAGAGCUUAAAAGGGCACCAUGCAAGAACAGACUUUUAAUUCAAGUAGGACUUAUGGUCGAGGACAAUAAUUUUCCAUGGAUUGCCGUCGUAUCUUGGCUCAUGAAAAUUUUCCCCAGUCAUUGGUCAACUGACUUUCGUUGUUUGGUGGAAAGAGGCAUCGCAACCACAUUGAGUCUGGGCAAUGAUGCAAGGCAAACCUUUCUGGAAUCAGAAGUCAACUUUAACUUUGUUGGCCCAAUAUGUGACAGCAUUGGAGUUGAACGGCAACAUCUUUUGGAAAUCAGGGAUUUUAGUGAGCGUGCACAGUCCAUAGAAGUCACUAACGGGCUGAUUCUCGAGUUGAGCAACUUUGUCAGCAGGGAGAAACUUGCACCAGUUGUUUUAGUGACUUGGCUUAGAAAUUUCAACCCUGAGUUUUGUAAGAAAGGGGAUAUUCAAAAGGCACAUAAAGUCCUUAGACCCAAGAUAAAAAAGUUAAAACUGCAUUACCGCAAUUAUGAAACAAGGAGUCACAGGAGGAAUGCAGCAAUGGAAAAUCUGCUUCAAAGUCCAUUUGAACUGGUGCGGAAGAAAAUGCCCAAAGUGACUGUGAAGAAGCGCAUGAGAAAAGACGACACUAUCAAUGUUGAAAAAGUUGUAAUCAAGGAGGAAUACGAGCGAUAUGAAAUCAUGGAAGGAGAGGAGUCUGACGUUGCAAAGAAACUAAUUGUGAAAGAAGAAGCCUCUAUACACGAUGACAGUGAUGAAGAUUUGGAUGAGUCCAACAGUGGAGAAGAAACUUCAGAUAACAAACAAGAUACCCUGACUCUGCUUGACAUUGCAAUGCUGUCUGUCCAGAAGCUAUCCAAAAUGUACGGGGGGAAAAACGAAGCAUGCAAGCAAGUUUGCUUAGAUCUCCUCAAAAAUCAGUAUGCUCUGACGUGCAAGGAGCAUCCAGCCAUGGCAGCGUUUGAGAAAAAACUUGAUACGCUUUGUGAAGACCUUUCACUUGUUUACCCCGUUGUGUUUUUAAACUACAAUGCCAAUUUCCUUGUUGACUUGCAAGAUGCCGUGGAGCAGCAGAUCAUGGCCUUUGAGAAAGACAUCAUUCUAUCGACCGGAGAGAAACUAGGCCGGGACAGACUUCCAAAAUUCAAGAACUUUGUGAAUUUAUCUGAAAGUGCCACUUCACGCUACAUCCACAUGGCUUGUGAUAUCCUAAAUACAACCACACCUGGCAUAAAAAACUACAGGAAACACUGGGUAGCUUUCUGCGAAGAAAAGAGAAACCCCUCCAGGAUUGCAGUAAAUCCGUCAAAACGAUUCCAGAACUACUUUGAGGCUGCAGCGGGUCUUAUCCACCACCACAAAGAGACGGCUCUGUUCUUUUCGGAUUUGCUUGCAAUGACAAACGACACAAACAUUAUUCUGGAGUGCGUUGCUGCUGAUGCUAAUGACUCUGUGAUUCAGAGCCUUGUGUGUGUCCUGGCCAUUGUUUACUGCAAAGUCCUCGGUCCUUACUGGCAGCUUCUGAAUAGCAGCGGAGAUUACUCGCUCUUCAGCCAGUACAUGCUCUUCCUGUACCAAAAGUUCCUUGAUUGGUCCAAAGAUCCUUCAGCACUGCUGGAACCUGAAGCGGAGACAAACGUUUUUCUGCAGUACCCAUCCCAGGAGAAAACCUUUGAUGGAGUGUUUCAUUUCUGUGGCCAGUGGCACACCAAUAGGGACCUAAUCAGAGCUUGCCUGAAAAGGAUAGUGAAGGUGAUUGCUGCUGUCACUGAAGAACACCUGAAGGAUUUCCUGCCAGGAGGAACGUUUGGUCAAAUCCCUUUACCAGAUCUGAUCUCACAACUGGAAAGUUGCACAUUCUCCGUCUUGAUGGCGGAAUAUCCCUUCAGCACUGCAGAAGAAAGUACUAUCAGGAAGAAAAAAUCUGACAAGUCCCCCAAACGCUCUUCACCGAAGAACUUUCAGGAAGAAGAUGACCCAACCGGUUCCUCUGACAGCAGCUCUGAUGAACCUUCGGAUUUGUCCAGAAGUGGCCAAAAUGAUGCUGACAGUCCACCAAUGAAGAAAGUAAAAAAAAUACAGGAAGAGCGGGUGGAGAACAAUGAUAGGGAUUACAUCGUAGCUAAAGUGAAAAGAAACGGAGGGCCAUGUAAGACACAGCAGGAUGUUGAUAAAAUGAUGCUGCGGUUUGAUGGAAAACCAAGAGAAGAGAAACGGGAAGCAAUCCGUUGUGAGAUAAUGUACCAGAAAAUGGUUUUGGACAACACAGACCAAAACUUGUAUGGUACUUUCAUCAACACCACACAAAUGGUGUUGAAGCUGAAGCUUGCUCUUCCUCGUGUUAAACCUGGUUAUUCUCUUGUUUGGGCGCCUAAAAAAACAAAGACAAAGCCUGUGUUUCAACCUAAUGCUGCUACUGGAGGUGAUGUGACAACAGCACAUGAGAAUAUUCAUGGCGUCUGAAAAAAUGGUGGUUUUGAGGAAAAGUAAAUUAUUGUGUCAACAUGUCACUUCAUUAUGAUUUUACGUUUUGCAAACAAUGACCUUUAUCCUGUUCAUUGUAUGAUUCCGUAGUUAUCUGUUGCAGCUUUCAUGUGUGUUACUGUACUUCAAACACCUUUAUUUGAAAUUAUGAGGUUUGAUUCUUGUAGAUUAUCAUGUGCAUAUAAUUGUAUAAUUUGUACGGUGCUGUUUGGUAACAAGCCUUUCUUGAAAAGUAACUCUUUUAUCUGCUGAGGGAAACUUUUUUUUUAUACACAAAUAUAUGAAAUUAUGAGAAAGUCAGUUGAUAACUGCUGACUUAAAAUAUGUUGUAUAAACCACUAAUGAAAUAAACAAUGCCUUUGUGCAUAUUUUGUUAUUUACUGCC